AUGCCUCAAUUAGAAACAUCAGCAUGAUUUCACGUUGCCGGCUUAACUAUCAUUAAUAUUUUCUGCUUAUUCCAACUACAACUCAUCGGUAUUGAAAUAAUCUAUAUUUAUCCUCCAGAAGAAAUCCUCAAACUCCCAGAAAUCCCAUUUCCCUGAGAGAAAAAAUGAACGAAAAUUUAUUUGCCCCUUUCAUCUGCCCUACUAUUAUA